UAGAUCAUGCUCCGGGAACCAGUCCCACGACUACCGUUGUACUACGAGGUUGCGAUCGUUGUGUGAAGCUGUUGAAGUGAGGAAUAGUAUUGCUGCUCUUCGUGCGUUAGUUCGUUGCUGUAUCGGUUGACCUGUGUGUCCCUAGGUCAAAUGAUUUGGAUACUGCUUGUUGUGGCCAUCGCCGCCCAUGUUUCAUGCCAAGGCUACGAAUACCAGGGCACGGUUAUAGUAACGAAAGAUGAAUUCUGUAAUUUGAAUAACAUUCGCAAAAGGAAUUGUGAAAAUGAUUUUAACAAUUUCCUUGCUACCCGGCCGGAUAUCCAACAAUGUUCGGGCCCAAAUACCAAACACCUGUUCUACUCAAACCGCUGUCCCUCGUACGCAAACGAAGAACCGGCCAUGCAACCGGCCAGGCAACCGGCCAUGCAACCGGCCAGGCAACCGGCCAGGCAACCGGCCAUGCAACCGACCAUGCAACUGGCCGCGCAACCGGCACCAUGUAACGCUAACGGCUGUAACUACUUUAGCCAACGGCAUCCCGAAACUUUGCCCACAGUAGGACAACAAUCUACUGUCGAUGAAGACCUAGAAUUGCCAAUGUCUACGGUUUCGUACGACGCAAAAGUGAUGGAUUUUUCGGUAAAACUCUUCCAGAAGGCUUUCCCAAAUGAUGAUUCGAGCAACUACAUUAUUAGUCCGCUCAUGGUACAAUCGCUACUAUCUUAUCUGCAUGGUGGUGCUUCCAAUGCAACGCGUUUGGAAAUGGAAUCCGUUCUCCAGCUAAACAUGAACGAUCUGAAAGAUAUUGAUCGGGCGCUGAAACCUCACGCCGAGCAAGGACCGGUAUCCAAGAACAAGUUGGAUACAGCUUCGCAGAUAUUCAAAUCAACUACGAUCGAUUUACUGCCAGCAUUCCGAGAUUCGCUUAAAAGAUUGAAGAUCCCACUGGAAGAGAUGGACUUCUCGAACCGGCAGCUUGCAGCGGAAAGAAUUAACAAUUGGGCGAAGGAGAAGACCCGCCAACGCAUCCUCGAAGUGAUCGAUGAAAAUUCGAUCAAUCCCGACAUCAAACUGCUGUUGAUGAAUGCGCUCUAUUUCAAUGGCACUUGGAAGUACAAGUUCAACAAAACGGAACGUGGUUUUUUCGAGCUAGGAGGACAACCGACAAAGCGGUCAGCCGUAUCAAUGAUGUUCCUCAAGAAGGAGCUACGGAACGGAAAUACUAGAACCGACAAUACGCCCAACGGUAUGAGCUGGAUCGAGCUACCGUACGAUGGCGAUCAAAUGUCGAUGAUUCUCUUUCUACCCAACGAACGUUUUCAACUUGAUCGAGAGCUAAGCCAUUUUACGGCCGAACAGUUGCAAACCAUUUUGACCGAAAUCGAACAAGACUACUCUAGCGAAGUGCGCGUUGAGCUGCCUGAGUUUAAGGCCGAUAGUACGGUCUCAUUGGUGGAACCACUCAAGAAGAUGGGCUUAGCGAGUAUGUUUGGAGAUCACAAACCAUUCGAUCGGCUGUCGAACGAUCAGGUAAAAAUAUCGGACGUCCAACAGAAAUCCUUUUUGACCGUCAACCCGCACGGUACGGUUGCGGCCAGCGUUACCACGGCGAACGUUAUUCCGCUCAGCAUUACUUACACGCUCGACUUCAAAGCCGACCAACCGUUUGCACUGAUCAUCAUGGACAAGCAGAAGAAAUUGCCAUUGUUUUUCGCGAAAAUUAGUCAACCUAUGAAGGUAGGACGCUCGACUCAAAAGCCAAACAAGCGAUCGCACUGAUCGUCGUGGAUAAACAGAAGCAAUUGCCAUUGUGUUUCGCCAACCAUUAUCCCAACCUUUAGAAAUCGUUGGUGAACGAAUAAAUAGUGACGAAAUAGUGGCACUUACAAUAUAUAAGACUUCCUAAAUUCAGCUACAGGGUAAACCUCUUUUUUUUGAAAUGCAGAAAUAUUGAAAAAAUAAAUCUUUAAUAUUUUUUAUGCAGUAUAUAAACAUUUACUUUUCAAAUUAAACGCUGUUGUGUUAUUUCCUAAAUUUUAUUUAAAAAAAUAGUGGGUAUAUUUAAAAUCAUUUCUCUUACUGUAAUCCAGGUAAAAGGAUGGGAUAAAAUCUAAACGCUUAAAUUCACUCACGCAGGAUACUCAUUUUUGACAUUUCUGACAACACUCCAUGCAGAGCAUAACAAAAAGAGAAAAAAUAAACAAAAUCGCGGUGUGCACUA